AUGAGGCUGUCCUUCGGCAAGGAAACCAUGGUUUUGGUGGAGGUUUCUGUGUGCACAGAAGACGGGCUUCAUGGGAGAAGGUACGUGUUUGCGCUGGUCCUCCCACUUGCUUGCACCCAAAGUCCAAACCCUCGAGUGGACCUGCAUGCCCUCUUCGAUGUGAAUGGAUUCAUCAGCAUCGACUGUGGCAACGCCAAUUCCAAAUAUUUGGACCCUAUUUCAAAAAUAAGCUACGUCUCGGAUGACCAGUUUAUUAAUGCAGGCUCAAACUUCGAUAUUUCAUCGGAGCACAUCAACUCCACCGUUCCAACAAGAGAAUUAAACCUCAGAAGCUUUCCGGAUGGACUGCGGAACUGCUAUAGGUUAAAGAAUGUGUCUCAGAACCGUGCGUCUCUUGUGAGAGCUACCUUCAUGUACGGGAACUACGAUGGCAAGAAUAGCCCCACAAAGUUUGAUCUGCACAUCGGAGUCGAUUAUUGGAAGACGAUCAUCAUCUCCGAUCCAUCUGCCAUCUAUACGGUGGAGGCUUUGAGCUAUGCGACUGCUAAUCUCACAUCGGUUUGUUUGAUCAACACAGGGAGUGGAACUCCUUUUAUAUCUUCCUUGGAGCUGAGGCCACUCGGGAACGGUCUUUACGGUGAAUACGUGAAUGCAUCGCAGUCUGUGGUUCUCAUCACUCGGCGCAACUUCGGAGCAUCCGACACCGUGAGGUAUAGGAAAUUUAUCUUUUACCAUCUGAAUUUCUAUUUUUAA